AUGAACAAGCAUGAGCAGCAGCAGGAGCAGCAGGAACAGCAGGAGCAGCAGCAGCAGCAGCAGCAGCAGCAGCAGCAGCAGCAGCAGCAGCAGCAGCAGCAG